GCUGGGGGUAGGCGAGCGCUGCACCGUCACCAGAGCCAUCGAGAGGCGCGGCGAGGCCCGCCGUCCGGCCGGCGAGGGCCUUACUCCAUGUCAUGUGGUGCAGUGAUCUAAGUUCAGUACAGAAGAGUCUGUUGGGCUGCCAAAGCCAAAAGACAACCUACAGCAAUUCUGAGUCUUGGAAGAGACAUAGCAACCUUUGGGAUUAUUGCUUAGCAACUGCAAACACACAGAGGAGUAAAACUCACAGCCCAGCUCCACAUCAGUGAUUGAAGCAUGGCUGCUCAGUCAGAAGCAGCAGCCCAAACUGCAGGUCUAAAACAUCCCAAAGCUGGAGUUAAGAAUGUGUCUGCCACAGAAAUGAAGAGGAAUCAGGGGCAGGAUGAGCUGCCAUAUCUUAGUGAUGACGCUCAGUGGAAAGAGUGUUUUUAUGAAAAGGUACAUCAGAGGUGUCUGAGUCUGCAGGAGACAAAGGUGAAGAUGAUUCGUGCACAAAAGGCAGAAGAAGAAAAGAUAAAGAAGAGAGAGCCCUGUGACUUGCUGUCCAGAGAGUGGUUCAGUGAAGACAAAGAGUCACUAGAUACUCGUGUCUAUUUGCUUGACAAACUUCUACCCACCUUAAUGCCAGGAAUAGAAAAACUGUUAAUGGAAGUGGAAAGAAAGAAUAUGCUUGCACCAGACAAAGAACCAGUUGAAUUUAACCCCAUUCGUUUUCUUGGGGAAUAUCUGAUGAGGCAUAAAUCUCAGUAUGGUAUUUCUACAAAACCAGGCCCAUAUCUGAGAGGAAUGAAGAUGGUCAUGGAGGAGCUAAAAGCUGAGAUCCCAGGGACAUCAUCAGAGAGGCUGGCCAGGAUGAAGGCUGAGGUAAAGAACAAGCGCAAGGCCAGGGAGCAGCUGGCCACUAUGAAGUCUAAGGUGAAAGAGAUGAGAAAGGAGGCACUGGCAACUCAGUUCAAGGAGUGGACAGUGGAUGGCAGUGACAGAGUACCUGUUGCACUGGUUCAGAGUGCCCUGAAGUCUUUUCAAGAUGUCAAUGCAUCUGCUCCCAUGGAUGUGAGAAAAGGUCAGGUUUUGAUAACUGUUCCUCUGAGUAAUCAUCCUGUAUUAGUAGCACGUUGUGGGAAUGCCAAACACAGCCCUUGUGCUCCUGCUGUGGUGGCUAGUCUGCCUUCUAAACCAAUAUCUCUUCAUUUUUCACCAGCAAUCUGUGAUGGGAAGCUGGAAAUUGUAGACACAUUGGAAAAAACAGUAAGCAUAGAUGAGUUCACAGAGUAUGUCCAUUCCUUCACGGAACGGUUUUCACAUGACAUGUUCCAAGACAUCCUGAAGUAUCUCCAUCAGUGUGCUGAUGACUUCCAGGAAGCAGUAAGACACGAUACAUGGAGACAAAUGUUUGCUGAGCUCUUUCUAGAUUGUGAUUAUGGAAAGGUUGGUCUCUUAAACAGACACAAAAUACUUGCCCUGAUGAAAGACUUCUAUGACAGAAGCCCUGUGAGUGCCAGGAGGGGAUUCUGUAACCCCAGCCAGUGGCCAAUAAUUGAGUUGCAAGAGAUGGAGCUCGCAGAUUUAUGGGGAGGCCUUGACCAGGAAGUUUUUGAGGAGGUCAGUGAAAAGUUAGUCUUGUCUCAAACAGGAAUUUCUGAGGGAGAGAUUCUGGCAUGUGAACCUGCAGGUGAUAAUAGCCAAGGCACAUAUACCAUGAGAACCAGUGUCAGAGAAGGUCUUUUUGAACAAAUGGGUACAAAUGAAGCUGAGAGUGGAGGAAUUCCUAAGGAAGAAAACCAAGCAGCAGAAUCAAAUCAUGCUGAGUUGAGAGUGGAAGGUGAGAACACUAUGUCAGCAGCAAAAAGCACUGAUCUUGAAAGUGGUGAUUUGGAUAGAGAUACCAUGUGUAGUGAGAAACCCAGCUUCCAUCAAGACAUCAAAACUGAGAGGCAAACUGAGUCUGCAGGUGCAGACAUGCAGGAGGAAGCUUUCCAAGGAUCAGCCUCUAUCGAGUACAGUCUCAGAAGAGAUGGAGAACCUGGAACUGAAGAACAAAUGAAGGAAGAGGAUUUUAGCUUGGGUAGAGAACCUGAUCCAGAAACAAAUAGGGAAGAAGAUCAUCUCUCUGAGAGACAACCUGGCAGAGAAGGGCAAGUUAGUCAGGAGGAGGACAACUGGAUUACAGAGACAACCAACACAAUUUCAGAACCAGCAGAUGCUGCCUCAAUCCUGACCUCAGAAGACAGAGCUGUAACAGACAUGGAUGUCAUUAAUUCAAACCAGGAUGCUCCUGUUGCAGAGGUUACGAAAGAGAGUUUUUCUAGACAGCAUGGCAGCCAGGUUGGCCAACAGACAAGCUCAGAGACAAGACUGCAGGAUGAGGACAUUCUGCAGGACCAGGACUCAGGUCCCAUCAUGUCAGAGGUUCAGAAUGGUUGGGCUUCUCAUGCUAGGAGUGCCUUUGAUGAAAGUUGCCUCAACCUGCCACAGUUUGUACAGCUCAUGGAGACAUUUGUUGGUGAAAACGUUUCUCUGCCUACUGUGAAGAGGCUUAUUGCAUUUAUCAGAGAAGAAUACAAACAGACAGAAGAGGAAAAAAUAGAACAACUAAAAAAAGUUCACCAUGUCUCUUGCUUGGCUCAACGGCAACUGCUUCUGGAGGCACUUUUUGAGAAGUGGGACAAAAAUGCAUCUGGGUUUCUGGACCUAGAAGAGGUGGAUGCUGUUCUAAGCACAUUCAAAGAAGGGAUGGAAAAAGAGGCUUUGAGGAAGGCAAAGAACCAGCUUUGCACCCAUUACCCACAUCUCAGCAGAGUGGGGAAGCUAUCCCCAAAGGCAUUCCAGACUUUUCUUGGGUUAGUUGCUUCUGAGUUCACUGGCAAUGAGGAUGAAGCUCUUGAUAACUUGGUGGAGUUUCUGACCACAGCUGUGGAACAAAGUGACAUGGAGUGCUUGCAGAGCUUAGACAGGAGGAAAUGGCUGCACAAUAUCCAGCAGGCAGCUGAGACCAGUGGAGCACGCAUGGAACCAGUUUAUAAAGCAGUGUUCAAGGCCCUUUCCCAGGAUGCAGAAGCCCAUGGGGAUAACAAGAAGAUCAGUUCAUAUAUUGCCCUUUUGGAAGAGAACCAGCUCUCACCAGAGCGGGGACAGAUUCUCCUACACUAUGUGGCAUGUACAGCAGAUGAUGCUCCAUAUGUUCUAAACCAGAUUCUGUACAAAGAUAUGAAAGGAAUAAGCUUUGCAGCUGUUGAAGAAGGAAAGCCAAUCCAUGUUCCAAGUGUUCAGCUCCAUGGAAAUAUCCACUUCUGGAACUCUGACCGCCCUGUAGAAGAGAGAAAAGGUUCACUCCUGGUGCUGCCACUGCAAGAUGCUCACUGGAGAGCCUUUGGCAUUCUAGGACUUGACACUCUUCGGGACCAGCGUGAGAAAACUGUCUUCAUGUCCCAUGAGAUCAGUUUUUAUCAGGGAGUUUCUCACGCAUUCAGCAAAGCUUACCACCACAUCUGCACGCUGGAAAAUGUUCUACAAAUGGCUGCUACUGCUCUGGACUGGUUGUAUCCCAGGGCACCCAACAUCCACGCUGCUACUAUGUACCUGGUGGAGCCUGGCAAAAACAAGACUUGGGACUAUGCUCUGCGCAAGAUGAUCACUACACAUAAUACAGGACAAAGAGAAAUUCAUAGCAGUCCUGUUCUCCUCAGAAAAGAAAACCUCUUAAGAGACUACCUGUUUAAGUGCACAGACAGCUCAGAGGUCAUUUGUACUUCUCUCUGUGGAGAACAUCACAUUGCAGUACCUCUCCGUGACCUGACAGGACGAGCUCUUGGCAUAUUUGAUAUCAGCAUUGGACAACACCAGAAAUUACCACCUCAUGAACAAAAAGACCUGCAGAAAAUGCUAAAGAUGGCCCAAGCUGCCUGCUGGGAGAUAAUGAAGAUGUCUACAGAAGAAACAGUACCAACCUAUGUACUGGAGGCAGAACGCCUGGCAAAUUUGAAGAAUGCAGGGCUUCUGUUCCACCGGUUCAUGCUGCAGGACCUGCGUGAGUGCAUCCAGAAACUGGAUGCUGCUGAGAGCUUUGCUGAGAUAAAGAGCCAUGUAGAACCACCAGCUCUGGUACACACCAUAGUCAAGGCUGUGCUGUUGCUUUUUCAUCCAGGCUGGAAGGGCUCAGAUGAGACUGAGAACUGGAGUCGGUGUAAACUGAAACUUGAUGACGAUUUGAUUCAGGAGAUUUAUUGCUUUGAUCCAACGGCUGCAUCUGUGCACACUGAAGUCAAGCUGCUGCUGGACUGCAUCACUGGUGUACCUAUAGCAGCAGUGCAGCAGUAUUGCUCCAUUCCAGCCCAGUACCUGUACCACUGGCUACAAACCUGCCUGUCGCUAGUGGAGAUCACAAGGAGCCUACUCAGUAAAAGAACUCUUCUUUAGCCCCUUUUGACAUCCAGUUCUAGUGUGCCUCCAAUUAAAUCUCUUUAUUCCUUAUUUAACCUGAGUGAUUCUGGUGUUCAGCAUAUUAAGUUAAUUGGUUUUGAUUUUUUAAUGAGUAGCCACAAACUAUUUGUAACAAUGGUAGGACACGUUAGGGAUUAUUAAGAAAAAGCAACACAAACAUUAACACAGUCUUGUUAGUAAAGCUACUUAAGUCCUGAUUAAAGGGGUUUGGGUGUGUUUUUUUUAAUUAAUUCUGAUGAGUCAAAGACACAGGGACACGUUUAUGACUACCAAGCUACAAUGCUCUUAAAAAACGAUACAACAAAAAUUUUCAAGAUUCUGCCUCCUUAAAUUACUUUUUAGGAAGAAUGUAAUGGUUGUUAAUCAGCAUUUCGUCAAGCUCUUCUGGACGUGCUGCAGAAAAGCCUUACACUUUCAAACCCUUUUCUUAUUGGGAUAAAGCUUGAGAUGAGGGCCAAACGCACUGUCGGCAGCAGGAUUCCAUCUUUCCGAUAACGCUUCUUCUAGCACAGUCACUUUUGAAAUAAAACGCUGGGAAAUUAAA